AUGAAGGAAAAAUCCUCAAAAAAAGAUAAUGAGCAAGAGGCCUCAAAAGACGCCUGGCAUUUUAAGCUGUUGGGUUUUCUUAUCGUGAUGAUAGCUUUGAACUUAUGGAUGUCCAACCUAAAACCAUCUGGCUCAUCCAAAUCUAUCUCACCGCAAGAAAAAGAAACGCAGGUGGAUGCUGUGGUCAAAGGCUUUCCUGCAUUAACACCCUUGGCACAAUUCCGUGAUCCGCUUAAUAUUACUAUUGUUUCGAUAGACAACAUCUUCGAUCCGAUUUCCUUUAUCAAUGUAUUAUUGGAUCCUGAAUACAUGGACAAACAAAAAAAUGCUCUGAAAACUACGCGUAGACUAUCACUUGAGUUGUGCUAUUCGAAAAAUUGCAGUGCACAUAUUAACAUUACUUGGUCAAUGAAGGGGUACUCCUUUAGCAAAAGUAUUUCUUUAAUUAAGCACUUUCCUUCGAAGGAGAGUAAAAAGCACAAUUUAAUUGGUAAGGCAUCGACAGACAAGAACGAGACCGCUGAUGGGAGAACGACCCCUUUUGUAUACACUCCCUUUCUUCAACCUGUUCUCAUCUUAUGCCCCGUAAUCGAUUUCUCAGCACCUCUGUCAAAAGAAAUUGCUAAUUAUACACCUAUUAUUCAUCACGAAGGAAAAUACGGUCCCGCUCUUUACGUGAAUAAUUUUUGGAUUCUUCGAAAGCAUUUGCACAAGUUGACGGAAAAUUCCCUUACCAAUCAAAACUUUACUGUAGAAUUGUUACCCUUGACACCAUGGAAACUACUUGUUUAUGAAAAAUUUGAUGAGUCCAUGCAGCAGCAAGUAACUAUGGGUUUAGCCAAAGAUGAUGCAGCUGAUGAGGUCAAGAGUAUUUUUUUGGAUAACAACCCAUACUUUCUUGCUCUAACGGCAUUGGUAACCGUUCUGCACAUGUUGUUCGAAUAUUUGGCAUUAGCCAAUGAUGUGAAGUUUUGGCGUGGGAGGAAAGAUUUCAAGGGGUUGUCUUUACGCACCGUGGUUAUCAAUUGUUACUUUCAAACAGUUAUUUUCCUCUAUUUAUACGAUAGUAACGAAACUUCGUGGAGUAUUCUACUUCCAUCCGGAAUUGGUGUCUUGAUGGAAUAUUGGAAAAUACUACAGUGCAUUACUUUAGUGAAAGAUUCAAUUGCAAACGAGGCACACACGUCUAGUUUUGAGGGGACUGAUGGUAGCCAGAGUUUGAGAAAAGUUCGUUCUUUCUCAGUGGCUGGGUACAGAAUUGAAUUUCAAGGUUCCUACGAUAAGAAAACCAGAAAACAUGAUGAAACUGCUGUGCGUUGGCUUAUUUACUGCAUGGCACCGAUUCUCAUCGGAUACAGCAUUUACUCAUUAGUUUACAGCGAACACAAAAGCUGGUAUUCCUUUUUCAUACAUACGCAGGUCCAGUUUAUUUAUUUUUUCGGAUUCGCCGCGAUGACGCCGCAAAUUUUUGUCAACUACAAACUAAAGAGCGUUGGCCAGCUUCCUUGGAGAACUUUCGUUUACAAGGCGCUGAACACUGUUAUUGAUGAUUUUUUUGCUUUCAUUAUAACAAUGCCAUGGCUACAUCGCUUAGCGUGCUUUCGGGAUGAUGUCGUCUUUGCAAUCCUUCUAUAUCAACGGUGGAUAUACCCUGUUGACUCAUCUAGGAUAGGCGACGACGAGGGAUUGGAAGUUGACAGUAUCUCAACAACAGAACAAAGUAAUUCAGAUGAAGUAUUAGAGAAUUCUAAAAAAAAUAACUAA